AUGCCUCGCGCGACUACUCAACGCUACUCUCGGAGUCAUAGUUCUUCGGCCAAAGCAAGCGCCAGCCAGUCAACUUCUGAAGCUACAGGCAGCUCUUCGGGCCGAAAUCCGCUAUUUAAUACUGAGAGGUUUGGUCAACAUAUUCUCAAAAAUCCACUUGUAGCUCAAGGAAUAGUUGAUAAGGCGAACCUCAAACCGACAGAUAGAGUCCUUGAAGUCGGACCGGGAACCGGGAAUCUGACCGUACGAAUCUUGGAAAGGGCGAAACAUUGCACUGCUGUCGAAAUGGAUCCCCGUAUGGCGGCAGAGUUGACAAAGCGAGUACAAGGGACUCCAGAACAACACAAACUUAACAUCAUGAUUGGUGACUUUGUCAAGGCAGAGCUACCUUAUUUCGACGUUUGUAUCAGUAACACCCCAUAUCAGAUCUCUUCUCCGAUCGUUUUUCGACUUCUAUCACACCGACCACUCUUCCGCGUUGCGAUACUGAUGUUCCAGCGUGAAUUCGCCCUUCGACUUGUUGCUCGGCCUGGUGAUGCUCUUUGGUGCAGGCUCUCAGCCAACGUUCAAAUGUAUGCAAAAGUCGACCACAUUAUGAAAGUCGGCAAAAAUAACUUUCGACCUGCGCCACAAGUGGAAUCAAGCGUUGUCCGAAUAGUUCCGAUUGACCCGCCACCUCCGCUCAGAUUCGAAGAGUUUGAUGGCUUGACACGGAUCUUAUUUUCUCGACGAAACAAAACUGCCCAUGCCAACUUCCUGGCAAAAGGUGUGAUGGAGCUCCUCGAUAGGAACUACAAGACAUGGUGCGCCGAAAAAAAUAAGAUCGUUCCAGAUGGCUUCAAUAUGAAGGAAGCGGUCGAAUUAAUACUAGAGAGCACUGGGUUCAAAGAGAGCAGAGCAGCUAAAAUGGAUAUCGAUGACCUACUUGCGGACACAACCAGGAGCCCCGGCGCCACAAUCGGUAUAAUAGCCCAUCAUCUGCUUCUCUGGUCGAGUCUCCGACCCUUUUACACCCAUCUCUGCUCCCCCAAGUUUAUUAUCGCAAUGAGCAGCAACUACGAUACCAUCACCAAGACGCUUAGCUCCCCUCCUCCACCGACGUUGGAAGAGAUUUUAGGCACAUUCAGCUCCCAAGAAGGCGGAGACAAAGAGCUGUUGGAAGCCAUCGUCCGUGCAAAAGAGGCCGAAGAACUGCGGGUUGCCGCUGUGGCAAGCUUACAAGAAACCAUCAUGCAACUACAGCAUGCACUUGCGCAAGCAUCGGGUCUAAUCCCUCCCCCCCGUACCCCACCACGCCGUAACCAGUCAACAAAGACUGCGCGGCGUAGGGCUGCGCCAAAUCGAUCGACAUCCAGGUGA